AUGGACCAGACGGUGCUAGCGGUGAAGAAGAAGAAAGAGGGGGCGUCCGUGCCCGCUGGGACUCAGCAGCCUGCCGCGGCCGCGCCUCCUUCGGCGGGGAAGGGCGGCGAUGGCGCCCGCGCUUCUCUGGCUCGGUCGUCCUCACGAGGCCCGGAUGACCGACCUCAGGAGAAGGCGACCUCCAUAGCCAAGCCAGCUCCCGAGGCGCCCGCUCCCUGCCAGCCCGUUGAGGUCCCCAAUGCUCAGGAGCCCCCAGCCUCUUCUUCUGCUGCAACCAACCCGCAGGCCUUGGCAAUGAUGCUGACUCAUCCUACUCUUACCAUGCCAAUGAGUAUUGAUCCUUCUGCCUCGCCUGAUGCUCUGGAGUAUGUUUUUUCCGUGCUGACCCGGCUUCGGGAUGACCUCCAAGGCCCCGACUGUCGCCUGGUGUCGGGACGCCUAGAGCUGGCUUCGGGGUGGGUGCGUUCCGACACGUCCGUCAGGGCAGCAUUGAGACAGGCCGUAUCGGCCUCCAAGGAAGGGGAGCGGGCCGCUGGUCUAGCCGCCGCCGCUCGUGACGCGGCGCAGAAGGAAGCUGACGCCGCCAAGAAGCGCUGCCGGCAAUUGGAGGCCGAGCUGGAGAUCAUGCGCGCCGAGCGCGCGGCCGAGGCUCGCGCUCGCAAGGCGGAGGAGGAGAAGAUGAAGGCCCGGGAGGACGCAGUCGAUGGUCGUGACGCCGAGCUGGAGCAGUCGGCAAGGGCACAGGCCGCAGAAUGCAGCCGCUUGGAGAAGGUGGAGAAGAAGGUGGAGGCGGAGAAGGCCCAGCUGGAGGAGAAGUCCCGUGAGGCGCUGCGGGCGCUCUACGAGAAGGGCUUGGAGAAGUCACUGGUGGCUGAUGACGAAGGUCCCGCCCAGCUACUCCCUCUGCUUGUCACGACGCUCGAGGGCGUCGUCAACAGGACUGUCCCCAUGGUGGAGGGGGAAGCCCGCGCGCUCUCCUCGUCAGCCCUGACGCGCGUCUUCAGCCACCUCCAUCUUCGCGAUCCCAAUGCCGACCUUGGCGUCCUGCUCGAGCCUGUGGAUGAAGAGCGCUGCGAGGCUGCUGCCGAAGCCGUGAAGGGCCAGGUGGAGGCUUUGUUGAAGAAGUUCCUCGCCAUCGACCCUGCACCCCCAGCCGACGGCGCCGCCGAUCCCGUGACCAGGGCCGACGACGCGGGCAAUGGCGAUGCUGCCGACGGAAAGGCGCUUCCUGACGAUGGUGCCCAAGGCUAA